GCAGCCCUUGAACCUGAAGGCCUGUACGGCACAAGUGCCCUCGACUCGUGGGAUACAGAACUGAUGAAGAUAUGACCAUGGACGAAGAGGAGGCGCUCAACUCUAUUAUGAAAGAUCUCGCAGCCUUGGGCAAAUGCGGAGGCCUCUUGGAUACCAACCGGAACAAAAACCACGUCUAUUCCAACAAACAGUUGCGGAAUGCCAGGAUCAAAUUUGACCACGAUGGAGAGAAAAGGAUUAUGCAGUUCCAGAGGCCAGUUAAGUUCAAAGAAGUUCUGCAGAAAGCCAUGGAUGCUUUUGGGCAGAUGAUGGACUUGCAAUACGCCAACAACGAGCUCCUGAUUCCCCUCAAAUCCCAGGAAGACUUGGACCGGGCAGUGGAACACUUGGACCUCAGCCCUUCUCUGAAGAGCCUCAAAGUGUUUGUGAAAACGGCAAAGAAAACAAACUCUCUGCAACCCAACAACAGCAAACAGCACGAGAUGAGGAUCUCCAAAUCGAUGGGAGAUAUCUUGGGGUCGCUGUACAAAGAUGCGGAGAGGACACGGAAGCAUUCCACAGGCUCCCUGCACACCGGCCGCAGUUCUCCGCCCCCUGGGAGCGUCCCCGAAGAACAGCAGCAGAUCGCCCGCCAGGGCUCCUACACCAGCAUCAACAGCGAAGGGGAGUUCAUCCCCGAGAUGAUGGACCAAAACUUGUUGGAGCCGUUCAUCAGCCCAAACGACUCGCUCUCGUCAAGCUGUCAGUCGCUGGAUAGGUCUGGAGAUAGUCCCCCCUUUAGCCAAGCACCUAUUUCAAGAAGGGACAAAGACAGCCUUGAUUGCCUAGAUUUUGACAUCCCGUUUUGCGAGAGAUUCGGCAAGGGAGGGACUUUUCCAAGGCAGUAUCACCUGUCCCAGAGCCGCAAGGACUACAAUGACGGCCGGAGAACCUUCCCCAGGAGUUACGCGCCGCCGGAGAACCUCUUCCAGAUCAUGCCGUCCAGCAGGACGAAAAGCUUCAACGGAGACAACAAGCUUGUCACCUUGCGGUACGAGGAACGUGGGGGAAACAAGUGGUGGCACAACUGCGACAAGAUAUUCCAAGGAUUCGGCUCCUCUCCAGCCAAGACGAGGAACACGCUGCAGGCCCCAGUGAACUGGAGACUUGGGAAGCUGCUGGGCCGAGGUGCCUUCGGGGAGGUCUACCUUUGCUACGACGUCGACACUGGCCGGGAGCUGUCUGUAAAGCAGGUGCCCUUUGACCCUGACAGCCAAGAGACAAGUAAAGAGGUGAAUGCCUUGGAAUGCGAGAUCCAGCUGCUCAAAACCCUCCGCCACGAGCGGAUCGUCCAGUAUUACGGUUGCUUGCGGGACGCCGAGGAAAGAAAGCUGUCCAUCUUUGUGGAAUACAUGCCAGGGGGUUCCAUCAAAGACCAGCUGAAAGCCUACGGAGCCCUGACCGAGAAUGUGACCCGGAAAUACACACGGCAGAUCCUGCAAGGGGUUUUCUACCUGCACAGCAACAUGAUUGUACACAGAGAUAUCAAAGGUGCCAACAUAUUGAGAGAUUCUGCCGGGAACGUCAAACUCGGAGACUUUGGUGCCAGCAAACGCAUUCAGACCAUCUGUAUGUCUGGAACAGGGAUGAAGUCCGUCACGGGGACGCCAUACUGGAUGAGCCCCGAGGUGAUCAGUGGAGAAGGAUACGGAAGGAAAGCUGACGUGUGGAGUGUUGGCUGCACCGUGGUGGAAAUGCUGACCGAGAAGCCACCCUGGGCAGAAUUUGAGGCCAUGGCCGCCAUUUUCAAGAUCGCUACGCAGCCCACAAAGCCCCAGCUUCCAGAUGGCGUCUCGGACUACUGCCGCAGCUUCCUCAAGUUGAUCUUCGUGGAAGAGAAGCGAAGGCCCACGGCAGAAGACCUCCUGAGGCACCCGUUCGUGAGCUUUAGCCUCUAGCAGACCUUCCCAUUAUCGGGAGGGAUAGGGAAAGGACCAAAGAUUCACACCAUCGCGGAGGACUGAGCAACAGGACCAAAACCGCAAACUUCCAGAUCCAGCCUCAAUUUCCUGUUUGGGUUACUGCCAUAUCUGCUGCGCUGCUGACAAUCACGCCUUUUUGGACAGGCGGCGUCCAUCUUGCAAGUCUCCAAAGUGUACUUGCAGCCAUCUUGGCUUUGUGGGGGCUGAUGGGUCACUGAGAUGGAGGGAUUUGGAGGAACUGAGGUGAUGCUGGCAAGGAGGACAUCUUGCCUUACGAACGCCAAUGAAUUAUCUGCUUGCGUGACGUGUCCGUUAGCGUCUCACGGACUUGAUCAGCUGCGAAAGAACAAAAAAUGAAGGAAGUCUGGCAGCCUCUUGUCAGGAGACAAGCGCUGAAAGCCGCAAAAUGGGCCGGGUGCUCUGUAGAACUAGCUUGUCACCUGGUUGGCAACCCUUAGAAAAAGCAGGCGCGGCCUAAAGCCAGUGGAAAUAAAUCCCCAGCACAAAUGAUCAAAGGCACAUAUCUACUUCUGUUUGAAAAAGGAGAAGCCAUUACUAAGUCAUAGAAGCAAAGAGUUCUGGUGCACAUAGAACUGUCUUUGGCUUUUGGGAGCAGAAAGCAAAGAGGAUUCCUUUGUAUAUUGGGUGGCAAUUAUAAUCCUAAAGUUAUCAA